UAGGCAACUUAAAUAUGAUGUGUGACAUGGUCGGGUUUUAUAUAGAACUCGGCUGUAGUCCGGACUACAUGUAUGGUAACAGAACGGGAUGUCCAAGAGUCUUCACCUGUCCCGCAUUUUAUUCCGAUUCUCAAAAAUGUUACUAUAGGGGGGUAGCCUACGACGUCGGUGCAACAAUUCUACAAUCAGAGAUCAAAAACCCGUGUUCCCGAUCGUGCAAGUGUCUGAGGAACUACAACGAGUUGCCCCACUUCGAAUGUGCCACUGUCGAUUGUCCCUACUUGCCGGGUUUCGACAACAAAGAUUGCAUCCUUACUUACGAUUCGUUGGACGCCUGUUGCGCUGCUAGCUCUAUCUGUGAUACAAGGACCUUAUCAUCCUUAAAAACCUGUGAAUUAAACGAUAUCAUUUAUCGAGAAGGCGAAUCUUUUGAACCUUUAGACCGACGCAAGAUAUGCCUGUGCUGGGCACAAUGGGACGGAGGUAUUGACAAUCCGAAAAAUUGUCGCGACGUCAACUGCGGCCUCGAAUUAUACUACCAGAACAAAAUCGCGCAGAAAUGUGCUCCUAUUUUCCACGGGAAAAGUAUUGGAUGCCCUAUUGAUUUCCAGUGUUAUUCAGAUCUCAUGAAGGUUAAAUCAAACAACGAAACAGGCACAUCUGAAAAGUGUGUGUUCGGCCAUCUCUCCAUACCAGUCGGCGACGACAUACUACACGACUCAGGUCGGCAACGAAUCGGCUUCGUGCAAUUUCCGAUUGCGCCCGUACGCAUGCUGACGAAGGAUGAUCCUGGUUUAGAAGAAACAACCGGUGCGACGGCGCGCUAA